GAGUAGGCAGGCAAGCCAGGCUGUGCCCCAGCCAGCAGGAGGGGCCUGGACUUGCUCAUUCGCCACAGCCACAGGCACCAUGCCUGGGGACUCCUGGGAGCUGGGCCUGCUGCUUCUGCUGGGGCUGGGGUCCCAGGCCGCCCUGCCCCCACCCUGUGAGAGCCAGAUUUACUGCCAUGGGGAGAUCCUGCACCAAGUUCAGAUGGCCAAGCUCUACCAGGAUGACAAGCAGUUUGUGGACAUGCCACUGUCCUCAGCUCCCGACCAAGUCCUGAAGUACUUCAACGAGCUGGCCAAGGCGCACAACUCCAGCAUCCCCCAGAAGCAGCUGCAGGCUUUCGUCCAAGAACACUUCCAGCCCGUGGGGCAGGAGCUGCAGCCCUGGAUGCCUGAGGACUGGAAAGACAGCCCCCGGAUCCUACAGAAGAUCUCGGACCCCAAGCUGCGGGCCUGGGCAGGGCAGCUGCACCAGCUCUGGAAGAAGCUGGGAAAGAAGGUGAAGCCAGCGGUCUCCAGCCACCCUGAGCAGUUCUCCCUGAUUUACUCGGAGCACCCCUUCAUUGUGCCCGGCGGGCGCUUUGUUGAAUUCUACUACUGGGACUCCUACUGGGUGAUGGAGGGGCUGCUCCUCUCUGAGAUGACUGGGACGGUGAAGGGCAUGCUGCAGAACUUCCUGGACCUGGUGAAAAACUACGGGCAUGUCCCCAACGGGGCCCGCGUGUACUACCUGCAGCGGAGCCAGCCGCCCCUCCUGACCCUCAUGAUGGAGCGCUACGUGACUCACACCAACGACACGGCCUUCCUGCGGGACAACAUUGGGACCUUGGCCUUGGAACUGGACUUCUGGACUGUGAACAGGAGCGUCUCCGUGAGCUUGGGGGGGAAGAGCUACAUCCUGAAUCGCUACUAUGUCCCUUAUGGGGGCCCCAGGCCGGAGUCCUACAGCAAAGAUGCGGAGCUGGCAGGCGCACUGCCGGAAGGGGACCGUGAUGCCCUGUGGGCUGAACUCAAGGCUGGGGCCGAGUCCGGCUGGGAUUUCUCUUCACGCUGGCUCGCGGGAAGCCCAAACCCCAAACUGCUGAGCAGCAUUCGAACCAGCAAAUUCGUGCCUGUUGACCUCAAUGCCUUCCUAUGCCAGGCGGAGGGGCUGAUGAGCAACUUCUAUUCCAGGCUGGGGAAUGAAUCCCAAGCCACGAAGUACAGACAGUUGCGGGAACAGCGCUUGGCUGCCCUGCAGGCCGUCCUGUGGGAUGAGGAGAUGGGUGCCUGGUUUGACUUUGACCUCGAGAAUAGAAAGAAGAACCAGGAGUUUUACCCGUCCAACCUCGCUCCUCUCUGGACCAGCUGCUUCUCUGACGUGGGUGUCGUGGACAAGGCUUUGAAAUACCUGGAGGCCAACCAGAUCCUGACCUACCAGUACGGGGUGCCGACCUCUCUCCAGAAGACAGGCCAACAGUGGGACUUCCCCAAUGCCUGGGCGCCCCUGCAGGACCUCAUCAUCAGAGGUCUGGCCAAGUCUCCUUCCCCUCGGACCCAGGAGGUAGCUUUCCAGCUGGCCCAGAAUUGGAUCCUAACCAACUUUGACGUCUACUCCAAAAAGUCAGCCAUGUACGAGAAGUAUGACAUCAGCAGCGGUGGGCAGCCAGGCGGUGGAGGGGAGUAUGAAGUUCAGGAAGGGUUUGGCUGGACCAAUGGAGUGGUCCUGAUGCUGCUGGACCGUUACGGCGACCGGCUGAGCUCGGGGACCCAGGGAGCCUUCCUGGCGCCUGGCUGCCUCCCAGGUGCCCUUCUGCUUGGCCUCCUGCUCAGCUUUCUGCCGCAGUGACACCGUCCGCCUUCACGCCCUCACCCAGCCCCAGCGGCUGCUCAUUAAACCUCUGCAUGAGUUCC